CUACCGGAAACUGUGUGCUCCGUUUAUGUAUGUGACGCAUGCGCACUACUUCUCCAAUCAGAAUCCGCCAUUUUUCUCUUCCCAUAAAGAAGGAAACAAAACAAUAUUUAUGUUUUCUAUUCUAAUCCUCUGAAAAAUAAUAUAAAACUUUUGUUAAUAAGUGCCAGUUAUUCUCAAAAGUCAUCUUUUUAAUCCCAUUUCCAGUGUUCGCGCACCUGUAUUUGGACUAGAUAGUUCUUCACUCUCAUUGGUGGGUUUUGAGGAAUGUCUGAUCCUAACUACACCCCAGGUGGAUCCUCUCCCUCAGGGGGAGUUACUAUCAGUGGGGAGGCAAACAUGAUGCUCCAGCAAUUCUGGCCCAAGACAAUCAGCAACAUUAGAGGUCUUAAGCAGGAUGAUUUUAAGCAACAAGAGUUACCCUUGGCCAGAAUUAAGAAAAUAAUGAAACUUGAUGAGGAUGUGAAGAUGAUCAGUGCAGAAGCACCAGUGUUAUUUGCCAAGGCUGCUGAAAUCUUUAUAAGUGAGCUGUCUCUCAGAGCCUGGAUCCACACAGAGGACAACAAGAGGAGAACGCUACAGAGAAAUGAUAUUGCCAUGGCCAUUACCAAAUUCGACCAGUUUGAUUUCCUCAUUGACAUAGUACCAAGAGAUGAACUCAAACCUGCAAAGAGACAGGAUGACAGUACAAGAAGUACCUCAAUGCUGCCAGAUCAGAUACAGUAUUAUCUUCAACUUGCCAGUCAACAGGCUCAGCAACAGCAGCAGCAGCAACAACAACAGCAACAGCAGCAGCAACCAGUCCAGCAGACAGCCACACCGCAACAAACAGUGCAACAGACACAACCUGUCCAGACACAAAUCACACAACAGCAACCCCAAGCAACACAGAUUCAACUGCCUGGAGGUCAGAUUAUUCAGCAGCCCUUCCAGAUCCAUCAGCCUGUGUCUGCUCCAAAUCCAGUGGUAGCACAGCCUCAGGUGAUACAAAUCCAAGCUCCUCAUCAACAAAUACAGACAAGCCAAGCUCAAGUGCAACAAGUUCAAAUUCAGCAACCCCAACAACAGACACAAGUGUAUCAACAGGUCAUCACACCCAACGGAGUCCAAAACGUCCCUAUUCAGCUGACACCAGCCCAGUUACAAGCCAUUCAGAUGCAGCUACAAGGAAAGCAGGGAAAUCAGCCCAUCAUCAUCCAGUCCUCAGAGCAGCCAGCUGUCCAGACGAUACAGACAGUCACACAGGCAGACCAGUCCCAGUUUGGACAGGGUGUUUAUCAGAUACAACAGUUACCAAAUGGACAGCAAGUGUAUAUACAACAGACGGAGGGCGACCACACAGAUGGACAGGACGGAUCCUAGCACUGGACAAAUACAGGAUUACUGUUUUAAAGGAUCUCCUGGUCUACUCAAGCAAAGACUGAGUUUCAUAUCUAAUCUACAUAUUUUAUAACUCCAGAUCUAAUCUGGUGUUUUUUAACUAAUGUGUGAAAGGUUGUUAGAUACACAAGGGCAAGCUUGACAAAUGUGUGUUCAUUAUUUUAUGGGAACCUUUCACAGUCAUUUUAGUGCUGCAUUUUCAACAAUAUGCAUUUUAGUUGCAUUUGUGCAGUCUUUCAAUGAAUAUUUCUUGAUAAAAGUUAAUUUCGUGUUUAAGUGGUUGAGAUUGUUUUAAGCUGUUUAAAGCUUUUCUUAAACAUGUCCUUGAUUACAUGAGUAAGACCAUAUACUAUGGUCCUUUGUUAUUGGUAUACUGGUACACAGUCAAAAUGUAAAGCUGAUAUUUUCCAAGUGUCACUAAAGAAAAGUCUGUUCAUUCAUUUUGAAAAAGAAAAACUCAUUAAUGAUUGUUUUUAAUCAUGUUUAAAUUUAAUGUAUGUGUUCCUUGUAUGUUGAGAAGUUAUACAAAGUUAUUGGCUCAGGUAGAUCAUUUGAUAGGUUGCAUUGUCCUAUUUAGGAUUACCGAAAUACAUUGUAGAUCCUGCAUUGUAAAUUGUAGAUCCUACAUUAAAUACAUUGUAGAUGUCAUGGAAAAUGCAAUUUUCAAUGAGUCAUUUGUAAAGUCAGCCAGUUAAUCCAUUUUUUCAUUUCUGCUGAGAAUUUUUUUUAUGCAUUUGUUUGAUGUGAACUAUAUAUAUUAUAAUUUUAGAUUUUACAAAUUACAAUAUUCAAUAUAUUCUAACUUCUAAGUUUGAAAUAGAAGUUUGAAAAUGUUUUGCAGCAAAAUGACCCCCUCACUCUCUCAUAAGCCCAUAAGAUUAUUUAUUGUAUUAAAUUAAUGUUAAUAAAGACCGUUGCAGAAGA